AUGUUUGAAGAGCAGAUAAGGUUUCUUCGUGAAAUGAGCAAACGGACGUUUGCACAACAAAUUUUAAAUUUUUUAAUGAUAGUUUGUUCAGCUCUGAUAUUAUGGAAAACUUUAUCACUUUAUACUAAUAGUGAAAGCCCUAUUGUAGUGGUUUUGAGUGGUAGUAUGGAACCAGCAUUUUACAGGGGAGAUAUAUUAUUUUUAAGUAUGCCAAAUGAACCAGUGAAAGUUGGGGAUAAUAAUCAAGUUGAUGAUAGAGGUUUAUAUAAUAAAAAUCAGGCCUGGAUUCAUAAAGAACAUUUAAUUGGAAAAGUUAAUGGAUUUCUACCUUACGUUGGAAUAAUUACUAUAGCAAUGAAUGAUUAUCCUCAACUUAAAUAUCUUUUAAUUAUUGCUCUUGCUAUAUAUGUGCUUCAACCCACAGACGAUACUCUUAAAUUUUAUGCUGAAUUGACAAAAAGACCUUGGGACCCUAAUUCAGAAAAAUAG